GCUACACGCCCAGUACGCCAUUAUUACCGGAGGAAAAUCCCGCGAGGGUUGCCCCAUCCUCACGUUCCCGGAUAGAGGAAACUUCGCUCAGCUUGGAGACGAGGAAUAUCGAAAAUUGAUCAUCUACCUCACCUCUGUCCCCUCGCUUCAGGACGCCGACUUGGGGUUUGUGUUGGUCAUAGACAGGCGCAAUGACAAGUGGAACUCCGUCAAAACUGUUCUCCUCAAAAUAUCGGGUUUCUUCCCCGGACUGAUCACCGUGGCGUACGUGCUCAGGCCUGUCGGGUUCCUACAGAAAGCCAUCUCGGAAGUGUCCAAUAAGAUCUUCCGCGACGAGUUUAAAUUUCGGGUGGUGGUGUGUAACUGCGUCGCGGACCUUCACGAUUACAUAGACAAAAACCAACUGACGGAGGACCUGGACGGCUGCAUCCCUUACAAUCACGAUGAGUGGAUAGAGCAGAGAGUGAGGGACAGAGACCGAGGGCUGCGGGUCGGGGCACGGAACCCUCGGCGCUUAUUCUCUGGCACGGAGGAGGCGGCGGUGCUUCACGCUCGCACUGUCAUGGAUCUCGUGCACGACAUCGCCUCCUCCCACAACUACGAGGCGGUGGUGGCGAGCGACUAUAUCCUGCAGAUUCAGAUCCAACACGCCGUGGCCACUCUCAAGCAGGCGGUGGAGAAGUUCAGCGCCAAUACUCAGGAGAUCAGCGCUUCCCUCCGGGCCUUCACGCAAAAGCUUCAGGAGACAGAGUUCCCCAAUGAUGUCAACUCCACCGAGGAACUGCUUCGCUCCCAGCGGGCGGAGUACACGGUGCUCAAGGACGACCUGCUGUCCGCUUCACGCCACGGGGAGACACUGCUCAACUGCAUUAAACGACCUGGAGAGCCUCGGUCCGCCCGCCUGUGUCCUGACAAGCUGAUCAACGUGACGGCGGUGGAGCGGCUCCUGGUGCAGCUGGAGGAGACAGAGAGGACCUUUGAUGAAUUCUGGACCAGACAUGAAGGGCGCCUCACGCAGUGCUUGCAACUCAGGCGCUUCGAGAUCGACUUCAGGGAGCUGCAGACGUCCCUGGAAGUGUCCCUGAAGCAGCUGAGUGGCAUGUUGGAGGUGGGUGACUCAGUGGUGCACGUGGACCAGCUCUUGGCCGAGGCACAGGACUUCCACAUGAUGACUGCCGACCAGUUGGAGAAGGCGGAGGAGCUGAGAAUCAUUGGCACACAGCUCAUCGAGAGUCAACACUAUGCAGUCGACUCCAUCCAGCCCAAAUGUGUGGAGUUGGUGCGCAUGAAGGACGCCUUCCAGGAACGCAUCACCCGCCGCCUGGAGACCUUACACAAGUGCCGGGACCUUCAGGAGCGUAUUGAGAGAGCCAACAAGUGGUGCACGGAGGGUGUGGAGCUGCUCGCCUGUCAGCAGAUAGAGAGAUGUCAGGCUCCGGAGUUUGCCGAGGAGGCUUUGAGGGAGCUGGAGGAAUUCAUGGCCUCCUCAGACCACAGCCACCUGGGCAGCUCACGGGAACUGAAGACCAUGUUUGAGGACGUCAUCACUCCAGAAACCAAGGGACUCGUGCAGCAGGUGCUGAAGAGGAUAGAGGAUGUGCAGAUGAUGUGUGAGAAGAGAAAGAGUUCUCUCAAGAGGCUGGCCACACGCCUCCCCCGGCCAGUGCAUGCAGUCACCCCUGAGCCAGCUGUCCCCCUGCACCAUGCUCAGGGCCAGUCCAGCAGCACACCCCACUCCCAUCCUGCCUCUCCCCUCCAUGCAGACCUUCCCAAGUCUCCCAAGAGCAUGAGGAAGGCGUCCACACUACCCAAGCAGCUUGGAGACAGUGGGGACUCACCUGAGUGGACUGGCGACACUGAGGCGAUGCGAGCCAAGCGAGGCCAUGUCCUGAGGGAACUUCUGGACACUGAGCGUGUUUAUGUGUCUGAGUUGUGCUCCAUCCUCAAGGGCUACAAGGAUGAGAUGUUGAACCCCGAGAUGCAGCCACUGAUCCCUGUCAACCUCUACGGCAAGAGUGAUCUCCUCUUUGGCAACAUGGAGGAGAUCUUUCGUUUCCACAAUGACGUCUUCCUGAGGGACCUUGAAAACUGCAUUAACACUCCUGAACUGAUCGGACUCUGCUUUGUCCAGAGGAAAGACACAUUCCACCGUCUGUAUUCCUUGUACUGCCAAAACAAGCCCCAGAGUGAGGAGCUGCGGCGCCAGGUGGGAGACACCAACCCGUUCUUCAAGGAGUGCCAGCGACGCCUCCACCACAAGCUGCCCCUUGGCGCCUACCUCCUCAAGCCAGUCCAGCGCAUCACCAAGUACCAGCUGCUCCUCAAGGACCUUCUGAAGUGCGUGGAGGGAAGCCAAGGCCGCCGUGAGCUGCAGGAAGCUGUAGACACAAUGCUUGCAGUACUCAAGUGCCUCAAUGACUCCAUGCACCAGGUGGCCAUUGUGGGAUUCCCGGGCAACUUGGCAGACCUAGGCAAGCUUCUGAUGCAGGGGCCCUUCAGUGUGUGGAAUGAAGGCAAGAAGGGGCUGAGGGAGCUGCGUCUCAAGCCUGCCCAGAGACAUAUCUUCCUCUACGAGAAGGUGCUGCUCUUCACCAAACGGGCCGGAAAGGACACCGACCGUGCCACUUAUCACUUCAAAAAUGCCCUCAAGAUGUCCCAGGUUGGCCUGACAGAGAGUGUGCAUGGCAACAAGGGCGACAUACGUAAGUUUGAGGUGUGGCUUCAGGGGCGGCAGGAGGUGCACACCAUCCUGGCUCCAUCUGCUGAGGUGAAGGAGACCUGGGUGAAGGAGAUCAAGAGAGUGUUGCUGGACCAAUUUGAGUACCUGAAGGGGGAGAACAUCAAGCAGUACUCCUCCAGGAUCCAGAAGGGUGCGAGUCUCAAUGGCAUCAGGAUCCCACCGCUCUCACCCACCACACAGCACAGGGCGCUGCGCCAAACUGCCUCGUGGGACAUGGCCGGCAAUGGCAUGAGUGGCAGUGGGGGAUCCAUCAGCUCCAGCAGCUCAGAGGGCCGGCAGAGUGGCAAUGGGGCGAGGGAGGGCAGCCGCCGCUCCACCCGCAGCAUGAGGUCUUCUGAGGGAACACUUGGAGAUGCCCCAGAGGAGGAGGAGGAGAGCUGGUCUUCUGACUACUCAGCCUCAGAUGAAGAGGAAGACCAAGAGACUUUCUCAGAGAGCACAGAAUACACAUCGUCGAGAUUCCUGGUCCUCGCUGACUACAAUGCCAUGGGCAGCUCUGAGGUCAGCCUGAGGGAGGGAGACUACGUAGAUCUCAUCAAGGUCGGAUGCGCUGGCUGGUGGUAUGUGCGGGUGACCGGCACACCCUAUGAGGGGUGGGCGCCAGCUGCUUACCUUGAGCGGGUCCUCAAGAAGGGUAGCCGGUCUUCCCCUUCUGUGAGCAGCCAAGAAUCAACCUCUGGCCUCAAACACGCCACCUCCAGGACCUCUGUUGCCUCACUAUCUGCCAAGUCUGAGGAGAUCAACAUCCUGUGAAUGGUUCAGGUGGAGCAGCCCGCUUUGCUCUAACCUGCUGGUGGUGGACAGGUUCCCUACAGCCUACAUAGCCUACAUAACACAUGAGAAUUGUUAAUGUACAGUUCAUUUCUGGUUCCUGUUGUUUAUGACAAUAUUUUAUGUAUAUUAGUCAGCUGAUCCAAGAUUUCUGGGGUACAAGUGAGCUGGACUCCAAUUCCUAGAUAACUGUAGCUAUUGCAUAUGGCUGGGGAGGAUCUAGAUACUGUACCUAGUUCUUUGUUGGUUUCUACACUGCUGAUGAACAGUUGUAGAGGUGUGGCUGGACCUGUACAAAACCAACAGACCUUACCAUCACCACCACCACCACUAUCAUCACUCCCUCAGAAAGUACCAGCUGAUACGUUCCAGCCUCAGGUGUUGACUUAGUGUGGUUCAUCAAAAGAGUCACCUGUAAACCUAGAGCCUCAAAACCUCAGUAUUGCAGCUCACAUACUUACUGUGAACCUCGCCCUAUCUUAUCUCAAAGUGCUGUAGGAGGUUUUGAGGAGUGGUGAGCAAGUUGACAGGUGCAGCCAGAGUCAAUCAAUACCGCAAUGUCCUUUUAAGUUCCAAAGGCUGCAAAAAAGAAGCACAAAUAGAUUGAACAUAUAUGGGUGGUUGUAUGAUCUAGCAAGCAGAGGUUCCAGUUCCCUUCUUGCCCGCUAUGAUCUAAGUGAUAGCGAGGACACAUACAAAUUUGUGGACUUCCAUUCUCAUAAGUCUCUCAAUUAGCCAGUUGUUAAUGUCACAUAUAACUAUAGACCUUGAUCCUCUCUCUCACACUUUCAUGGCCAAUCUGCAUCCUCCUCUCACCUCGUGCUGAGACAUGGAGAGUACCCGAGGUUUUUAUAACUUUUUUACUGCAUUUUUGUUGUCUUGAGUACCUUAUUCUUUCUCUGGUUGUGGGUGUGUCAGAGCCGAGUGCCUCCUGGGUGGUGGCUGGAGAGAGCACUCGGAGCUAAGACUAAACAUUUCUGAUGUGCCAGGAUAAGUAACUGGCAUUCUGUAGACUAAGCUGCUUAUCUCCUGUGGUCAGCCUGUGAAAUUCUUCUCUACUCCAGCUUCAGACUUGUGCUUCAGGCUGCUCUGUGCUGCCUCAGUGACCUGGUUUGAGAGAAGCGGUUAAGUUCUCUUAUUGCAAAUUCUUCCCCUUCAUUGUACUCCUUCUCAACUUAUCUAUUUAACAAGUUUAUCACUUCAGAGAAUCUCUUCCUUGAUCAUGUUUUUAUACAGUUCCAUAAUUUAACUAAAUGUGUGUUAACUUUACCACUUGCUCACAUUCCCUUUCACCCUAGCUCCCUGUUCUGCCUCAUGAAGCUCCCUUCCCCAUGUCACCCUGAGUUAGCAUGUUUCCCUCCCCUGUGGACCCCCUUGGGGCAGCCACCCGUGAUCAUGUGCCUCAGUACAGGUAGAUGUAGCAUAGCAGUAGAGGUGUGUCCCUGUGUUGCCCCGGGGCCAGCAAGUAGCGUUUGUCAUAAGGGUAAAGAGAAGAUGUGUGUAAGUGUAGCUGGAAGAUGCAGUCGUAGUGUGUUUUUUACAACGGGAGAUUGGCCAAGGGCUAAGAGAAAAGCAAAGCUAACACCCGCAAGUGCCAUUCCCAACAGAAAGUAUGAAAGAAACUGAGUGUUGCAAUGAUGGCUCUUCUCACUCACUCAGCACACCCCAGGACCUCAACACCUGUUUACUCUGUCUUGUGGGAGCCGUGGCUGAGGUCAUGAUGUUUGGUAGUCGUAACUUGUCAUUAUUCCUGAAGCUCAUGAUGGAAAAACCUUGACCUGUUCAGAGGAGGCAGCAGGCACAUUGCUGAGGGCACCGGUGCCAGGAGCUGAGGUGGGAGGUGCCGCCUGCAGGAGUCACAGUGUAGUGACACCAGAAAUCCUGUCCCGACUCAUUGCAAAUUGUUGAGUUUUUUUGUGAUCAGCCAAGUAAUUGCUGCUGUUCUUGUUUAGGUGCAGUGCUUAUACUGAAAUUAAGGCAGAAUAUUUUUAUAUAUGAACAAUAAGUGCAUCAUUGAAAAGCACAUGAAGGUUACAUGUUGCAUAGUUGCAAUAACCUUCAGAAUUUUGUAUUAGUUACUUUUAAAAACACAUUGAACUUGAUUCACCUACAAAUUACAUUUGCAUUGUAGCAUUCCAGUUCAGAGAGUGUAUGGUUUUUGGAGCCAAACAUUUCAUCAGUAACUCUUGUUUACUGCCAUGACAAAAGUAAUUACAUGGUUGCUUACACUCACUCAACACUCACAAAGACCAAAUACAUAGUAGGUAGAUGACUCCCGGAAGGUCACAAGUGUGUGUGGGCAGUACAAAAGUGACACAGCGGAGAGAAAGCCAUAGUGCAGUUUUGUGAUAAAUUAGCGGCAGAAAUAGCAGCAUCAGCACCUUUGGCGGCCAGUUCUCUUGGGAAGGCCAGCGGGGGUAGCUGCGGGGGAUUCCACCCCCUCACUCCUCCAGCACUGGCAUGGUAGGACUUGGCAACCGAUCAUGGCCUUAUAUACACUGCAAGUUUUGUACAACCGUAUAGACAAGUUGAGGCUGAGGUGGAGAGGACCGACCCUGUACCCCAAAGAGCCCGGGCAGCAAGGCAGCCCGGCCCAAUGCGGAGCAGACGGUGGGCGGGCCGGUGAGGGCGAGACCCCCGCUCCGCACUACAAUCUCCCAAGUGACUUACUGACUCCUUUUUGUACAAUGAUGAUGUGUUGUAGCAUUCCAUAAGUGUUCCAGUUUUCACAGUGUUGAAUGGUGCUUGUAUAGCCAUGCAUGUACUAAUUAGCCAGUGGGUGUUCCUAUUGCUAAGGUGUACAGUGUGACCCCUAGAGGGCCUCUCCCACCCCAGGACAAGUAUAUUCCCUGAGCAGCAUGACGCUCCUGUCUUGCUUGGCCCUUCUCUGCCCUGUGAUGCCUCACUUCCACAGGGGCAGUUGUUCCCACUUAUCCUUCUCUCUCCUUCCUUUCUUCUUCCUCUACUUUAUCCAUAUUCCUGCCUCUGCCCCUCUCCUUGACUGUAAAUACUUAUACAUUCAUCUUCCCUUGCCAAGUACUGCCCUGGAAGGUCCGUGUAUCGGCAGCAAUAUUUCUUUACAUUUUUAUGCUUGAUAAAAAGUAAUCUUAAUUUGUCCAUUAAUUAUUGUCUGGUGAUGUACAUGGGAUUGGCAUAGAAAGUGUUAUAUUUAUAAUUAAGAAGGUUAUAGCUUUAUGUAUUUGUACAUAUGUACAUAUAUACUGUAUAUGUACAUACAAUAAAUAUAUACAUUCUGCUCAUAGGAAUAAUCAAUAUUUAAGAACGCAUUUUUAAUUAUGUGAUUCCUGUAAGAAGGAAAUAAUCAAGUCUGAAGUAACAGCAUUGAAGUGGCCAGUGGUUGUCCGCCUCCACACCUGUCUAAAGCAGGUGUGUGAGUCACGCCUCACCAUACACAUGAGAGGGUGUGUGCCAGGUCACCCACACCUGACACACUUUCCUCAGCGACUAUUCAAGAACAAAACUUUACAUUCAACAACAGAGCAGGUGUGUAGGGACUGGUAAUCUACACCUGUCUAGACAGGUGUUUGGGGUUUACCCAACACCUGCGUGGAGCAGUGUGUCGGUCGUUCGUGACACACCUGCCAGGAGCAAGUGCGUGUGGGUUGCCCGUACUACACCUGGCUGGAGCAGGUGUGUAAGGGUGGGCCACACAACACUUCCAGAAGCACGUGUGUACGGUGAGGCCUCACACAGAUGCGUGGAGCAGGUGUGGAGGGGUGGUGCAUGUCACCUGCCUCACGGUCAAGGAGGUGAUGGCGUCUUGUAAAGCACACCAAGCAAGACGCAAACCACGCUAUGUUGACACUCCAACGUGACCCUCGCGUCGCGUGGCCAGGACGGUCAGGAGGGCCAUGGCCACACACCACAUUCCUCUGUCACUCAGGCUACACUCGACCCUUCUCCAUUACUACCUAUAUACAUAUACAGUAAGAAAUACUAUAUAUAUAUGUAUGUAUGUAUUUCACAAUAUAUACACAUACUACACUAUACAUACGGAGGAAUAGUUUUUAAUUAUUAUCAUUAUUAUCAUUGCGUGAUUCUCAAGGCGGAAGACUGGCCCUGGUUGCCCUCUUGUUACUCCCCAUGCCCUGCUGGACCUGGAUGGCAUAUUUUCUUUUCUGUUUUUGCUUUUUCGUGUUUAUUCUAAUAUGGACGAAAUUUUAAAGCCUACCAAUUUUAUUUUCAUAUGUUUAUGGCGUCGACUGAAGUGUUAUAUAGGAAAGCGAACGAUAUUGGUCAUUGUACCGGUCCAUAAUUUUUUGUUGUUCGUUCUGUUAAUAUUACUAGUGAUUGGUGGUCCUAGUCAUACGUGGCGGCAAGUUUGUGUCCAGCAGGUGUGGGUGAGCCUGUCUUUGGGGCGUCGCUCACACAUUUACGUCACUACUUCAUUACGUCACGGUUACGUCAUCAUUUAAUAUCCUCAUCACCUUCAUUCAUCAUUGCAGAUCAAAGACAUUUUUCCCCUUCUAUAUUUAUUUCCUUUUAGCCUUUGGAAAUGCCUCUCAAAGUAUUACCAGUAACCUCACCUUCUCCAUUGAUGUUACUCAAUGCAUACAUAACCUUCUGUAAUCUUCCGAAACACUAAAUACUGAUGUAAUAUAUGAAAAUUGAGAAGUUUA